AUGCCAGGAACAGCCACUACCACUAUGACUACCAAGGUAAAUGGUACAGCAAGAAAGGGAGAUAUUGAAGUUUGUUCCCCCCGCUCAGAAAAACCGAGAGCAGUACCAAAUCCCAGUGAUAAAAUGACAAAGAAGGACUCUAAGCUUAAUAAUCAGAGUCCAAGAAGACCAUCGUCCUUUUCGAGUUUGAACAACAGUGUAUACACAACAAACGUGUCCUCCUCCUCGUCAUCUUUCCGGUCAAACGACUACUACAGCCAUGAUUCCAGCGGACCCCGUGCAAAUCAGAGAAUGUCCAGUGGGUCAGCUAACUCUAAUCACGACGUGGUCUUAAUUAAAGUGGACAAUCUGCCACCGAGGAAAAAUUGGAAACAAGUGAAGUAUUUAAUAGGUGGGAUUAUUCACCACUCUAAUAUCCUGAAGGUAAAAAUGUUACCACCAAUGGCGUACGCGGCUCCCCCAUUCAUGACAGUUCAAAGCUGUGUCGUCUCACUGAAGGGCCACAUGAACAGUGAAAUGGUUAAUGACCUGCUCGGAACUUUAAACACGUACCAAUGGGACUACUACGAUCUGUAUGCAUAUAUGCUGCCACCAUGGAACACUAUGCUGAAGAGGGGGUCCUUCUCAACGCCAUCUAAUGAUAAUAUGGCGAACGUGUCUGAAGGGGAUUUAAUGCCUGGAGCAAACAUCCCCUAUAACAUGUCUCCAAUGCCCCCACCUCCGUCAGGACUUGGAGCGUACCCAAUGAUACCCCCAUUUAUGCCUCCAAAUUUCCCAGUCGGGAUGGACCCCAAUGGUGUAAACCAACAGCCAGAGCCAAUGAGCAACGGCGUUAGACACGAACCAAUGCCCGUCUUUGACAAUGAACAUUUGAAACCGCGUCGUGGUUCGAAACCUUCUGCUCUAGAAGAAGACGGAGGGCGCACCGAGUCGCAGGGGACGAACUCUCCAAUAACGCCGACGUUGAUGUCCGAUGUCUCACAAUCUCCCGCGGGGGAAAGCCCGUUCUCGCUGAUGCCCAUGCCGGAUUUGGGGUCACAGACAGGUGUACCGCCUCCCAACUUCCCGAUGGGGAUGAUGGGUGGUCCGUUGCCGCCUCCGCCCUCUAUGCUACUGCCACCACAGGGUAUGAAUGGCCUUCAAAUGAACAACAUGUCACCCGGGUUUAGGAGGAGGUACUCGUACCACCAGACAGGGAUUCCAGACUACACGAGGCCUGUAUCUUCAACCACCAUGCCACCGUAUGCGAUGGAUCAAAGUAUGCUGCCCCCCGGGAUGGAAUCCGAGCUGUUUAAACGCAACACCAACCCAUUCAAGCAACCCAAAAAAUUGAAGAAUAUAUUCAACGAGAGGAACUUCAGGAAACAAAUGACGGAUAGAGGGAUGUGGCAGUUGAAGUUGACGAAUUUCCCUCCUUAUCUGUUACCGGAGACUCAGACUCUGAUACCGGGGGACCAUACCAAUUUGGAGGUCGAUAUCACGACGGAUAACGUCAACAAAUUUGGCAAGCUUCGGUGGACUGUGCUGAAGGAUUUCAUCAAGUUGAAGUGUCCCAAGUUGCUCAACUUACAAGACAUAGGCUUGGGCAAUGGGGCCAGUCACCCACCACACGGCGAGAAUACGAGGGAGUUUUACGUUGGUGUGUACGAGGAGGAUGAACAGAACAUGGUCAUUGAUUUGCAAGGGCGGGAGGACGGCAUGGAUGGAGUUUUCCAAAUGGAGAGCAUUAUUUACAGUGCAGUGAUUGGGUUUCAUAACAAGGAACUGAGUGAUUUGUGCUUCAAGAUAUUACAAGGGCAGGAGUACUCUCUGGGUUAUCGUUUGGAAGUGGAAGAGUUGCCGCCAUAUGACGAGAACAACGAGGACGGAGGUGUGUUGAACGAAACGUUGAGGAAACUGAGCAUCGAUCAGCAGCAUACGUGA